CGCGUCUGUCCCAAAGUUUUGGCACAGGCAUUACUUUCCUUGACGCCUGUCGCCGUUACUGCUACCGCCUCCUGCAUUGUACGGCGUCUCCUUUUGCCCAUGUCUGCAUGCUCUAGUGCCCUUCGAGCAAUCUCUCGGUCUCGCGUGCCUCCGAACAAGACGCUCCUGCCAUUUCUGUACCAGACAUCCACGAUCCAGCAAUGCAAGCCCGCCACCCAGCCCGUUGCGCGCCGCAGCAUCUCGCGCUACAGUCGCAAGACUGAGCGACUCGCCGAAGAGGUUCCGUUCGAGAAUAAAGAUGACCUGCCACCAGCUCUAGACGACCUCGAGUCGUCACGCAGAACCACCAUCACCGGCUCCGAGCGCGCUGCAUUCGAGAAGCUCUACAGAAAGUUCAACACGCGAGGCAAUGCUAAGGAGGAGAAGGAUCACGAAGUGGAGAUUGAUGCGAUUGCCGACGAGUACUGGGAGCCUGACGAAGACGAAAAUGCCGCAGCGAGUCUGGAUAAAAUCUUCGACGAGGCGCUGAAGAAGGGUGCUGCCGCUUCAAGGGAGUGGAACAGAUCAGGCACAGAGCAGUUACGAAGUAAAAAGCCCAGACACGAUCUCCAGACCAUGGCAGAGCACGUGCUCAAAGGGACCCUCCCCCAUGCGAUGGCAACUCGAGAGUCACGAACGAAGAAAAAGGAAGAGAUAAGCACACUGGAGUUUCAGAAGGCACGCAUGCACGAGCGAAGUCGCAUCGAUGACCUUCUCAAUUCCGCUACAUCCGACCGCGAACUUUGGUCAACACUCCAGCGCGAGGUCUUUGACCAAGUCCGUCAGUUGGACCUGGACGGCACCGCGCCCAAGCCAAAGUCAAAACGGAAUACCCGCGUUCGAAACGCAGCGCCUACGCCCAACUCCAAGAUUCUCUUCGCCAACUACCCACACCACCUGCUCACCGCGCUAACACUCCUACGCACGCACUUCCCUGCCUCGCCGCUGCCUCUCUCCAUUCUGUCCACGAUCAAGAGCCUUGGCCGCUCUUCCUACGCCCUCGGCGCAACAACAGCGCUGUACACUCUACUUCUGCGCACCGCGUGGCUGCAGCAGUCGUCGUACCCGCUGCUCGUGUCGCUCCUGACAGAAAUGCACAACGGCGCGAUCGAGUUUAACGCUGAUACGCUCGCGCUACUGGACCAGGUUACUAAGGAAUUCGACAUGGCGCGCAGCGGCAAGCUGGGCAGGGAAAUGCAGAUGGUGUACGGCAUGGAGCAGUUUGGCGAGGGCAUCAAGGAGAUCCGAAAGUGGCGCACGGUGGUCGCGGAGCGGGUCGGUGUUGAGGAUGGCCGCAGAGAGAAGGGUACGGUGCCCGUGCCGCGGCUAAGGAGGGCGGUGACUGCGGUAAAGGAGACGCAUGUGCCGCUUGUCGAAAAUGCAAAUGACGCCUCGACGCAGGAGCCCUCGUCACCACCGGCCAAUGCGCCGCUGGAAAAAGCCUCCCAGCAGUCGCUCGAAGAAGCGCCUCGCCAAGCACCUGCACACGAUGUCGACCUAGACGUUGGCUUUGGAUUCCUGAGCGACGAAGGCUUUGCAGAAUCCGUUGUCGAGGGGAAACAAGGCAAAAUAUUGUCAACGGAACAUGAUGGGAAAGCGGCGGGAAAGAUGGAUACGAGGAUUGGGGAUGAAGGACACAACACGGUCGAGGGCGAAGUACACCACGACUUCAAAGACGAAACUAAACACGAAUCCAAGUAAGGCGCCGACAUGCAGGCCGCAGCAGACAUCGCAAUAGGCGGGUCUGCGCCGUCACUGCCGUCGUACCUCUAAUUGUAAGAUCAAGUAGGAAUACCAUUGUAGAUGCCACACCUUGUACACCUGUUUCUGGCGAUGCACACGCAUGCUCGGUAGCGUCAGGAAGUACGAAUUCGAAACUUCAAAACCCGCCAUCCAAGGCCUUUGUUGUCGAUACAGAACUACGCGACUGCACAAUGCAAAGACUCCGGACUACGCAGUGCGGCGGCGUCUCCAGCGCCGUGCAUGCACAGCACACACAACCCCUUCGGAUCAACUCCCUCACGUGCCCUGCAGUCCAUCCCCUU